AUGUUUCUUAACGCAUGGAAGCAAACCACCAAAGGCAAUAAACUCAGGCAGCGCGGCAAAUUGCAUCAACCGCAGCGCUUUCACUCCAAAGUGCUGAAUCCCGGUUAUCGUAGGGAUGUGGUACAAAGAUUGCGCCUUGCCAUUGUGGACACAUUUUGGGAGUAUACACAGACAACGAAAGUAAGUGGCAUAUGGCUACUGAGACGGAAUAGAACCCACGGAGUUUCCAGAUGGAUUUGGUCGAGUGUGCUCAUCAGUCUGUUUCUGCUUGGCGUUUACUUAUCUCUACAGCUGUGGCUGAAGUUCUACUCAUACCCCAUCUUGAACACCAUAUCCAGUGACCUGGCGAUAACCGACGUUGCAUUCCCGGGCAUUACCAUUUGCAGUCCCAAGGUGGUGAAUCGUGAGCGAGUGCAGCGUUACAUAAAGACAUUAAAAAUCCCAGCUGGUAUUGAUCCACAAGAAGUUGCCAUUGGUUUGGAGUAUAUUAACGCUUUCACCGAUCAAAAUUGGAAGUCACCACCACAAGAUAGCUUCAAAAAUGCCGACGAAGUGCUACGUCUGAACAACUUAACAGUAUACGACGUUGCCAAAGCAGUUAGCGGUAGCUGCAACGAUUUCGUUAAACGUUGCUACUGGGGUAUCAAAGAGUUUCAUUGUCGACAGAAACACGAGUAUCUGUCGUUCAUAUCGACCACGUCAUAUUUAGGUCCUUGCUGCUCAUUCAAUUAUAAUCCAAAGAAUCUCUCCUACGUACCAUUUUCAGCUAAUAUUUUCGGCAUAGACGGUGGUUUAACAAUUGUCGGUGUUGAGGGCUCCGAACGGAAUCUUUCGACUGGCUUAAUCGUGCUGGCGCAUCAUCCCAUGGACUAUGUUACAGAAGCCACAUCCUCGGUAACUAUUACUUCGAACUCGGAGAGUUUUGUUGAAAUCUCACCCACUGUGCAAAGCUCCUCAACCGAAGUACUGGAACUGUCGCAAGGCAAACGAGAUUGUCUAAUUUCAGAUGACCUCGAGUUGCAUAAUUAUCGACAGGCAGCUUGUUCGCUCGCUUGCCGCACAGAAGCUAUAAUGAAGACGUGUCAGUGCGUACCGUAUCACAUACCGAAUGCGAAGGCCGAUUAUCGAGAGUGCAAAUUAAAUGACAGCGUAUGCUAUUCCAAAAAUUAUGAUGCUUUUAAAAGCGUCAAAUGUGAAAGUUGUUUGCCAAACUGCUAUGACGUCACAUAUUCAACACUAGCCUAUAAAACUGAUCUGAAGCUACACAAUUGCUCCGUCAGCACACAUUAUUCGACUGCCUUUGACACACGGGAUAUAUUUAUAGUUCGAGCUUACCUGACCAAACAAACCGUGCCGGCUAUACGCAAAGUGGUGGUCAUGUCAUGGAUCGGUUUGCUAUCGGAUUUGGGUGGAGUGUUCAAUUUAUGCCUAGGCAUCAGCAUGGUUUCCUUAAUAGAGUUUGGCUACUAUUGCACACACCGUUUGUAUAUCAAUUACAAAGCACGUUGCGUUCUACUUCAGCCACUCGAUCGAGGAAAUAGUGAAACAUAAUGAUAUUAACCGCGUUUGUGAUGGGAAUCAUAUUUCAGUUUAAAACGAUUUUAAAAUAUUUUGGAUAUUAAAAAUAACAAAUUUUAUUUUGUAAUUAUCAUAACGUUGCUCUAAUCUUACAUUAUUUAUACAUAUUUAAGCCUAUGUAAAG